AUAAUUUUUUAGCAGUGGACAUAAUCAUAUUGAUGUACAAAAAUGUAGUUAGAAUAUUUUUUUUUUUACUUAUUGUUCUUUAGUGAUUCACUAUUUUAGUUUUUUUUUCAAAUUUUUAUAUUUGUUGACUGAAACUUUAUAAACGAAAUUAUGAGUUUAUAUUUUAUUUUGUUGUUUUGUUUACAUUAUGCGCCUUUUACUCUCUCAAAUUUUCUUUCAGUUAAAGAUCAAAUGUAUACAGAUAUCAUUGCAAGUAACCCUUGUUUCCUUAGAUUGAAUGGUACCAAUCAAUUUGGCUGUACUUCUUCAAGAUUUGGAAAUGUGGGAACGUUGCAUUUGAUAGCAAAUUUAACUGAUUUAGAUUGGUUAAUAAAUAAAGGAAUGGCUAAUCCAUAUAUAGUAGCAUUAACACCUAAAAUGUUUAAUAAUAAGGUUUUACAACUAAUUGAAGAGAAUUUUAAUAAAGUAAAUGGAAUAAUGUUAUUAAUGAAUGGGACUAAUCAAGAAGUAAUUAAUAAUGAUAAUUUACUAAAAAAUGGAUUCAGCCCUGAAGAUACAUGUCCCAAUCGUUAUUCAGGUAUAAGUAGCUGUCCAUCAGAACCUUGGAACCCUUAUGGUACUGACAUUCUUUUAAAAAGCUGGAGCUUCCCUAUAUUUGUUGUUUACAACCAAAACGCUAUCAAAGAAAUUAUAGAUUGUUUUAAAAAACAUAAUUUACCUUUAAAUAAUCAAAAUGAUCAUUCUUUAUGUGCUCUUGAGUUAAAAUCACAUAUGUAUGCUGCAGUAGAUUCAAAAACAUGUAUUAGACGAACUAUACUGUCUUAUCAAAAUAUAAGACCAAUUAAAUUUUGUGAUGUAUUGGGCGAUAAAAAUGUUUAUUGGUCUCUUAAAGAAUUUCAACCAAAUACAACAAAUCAUUCCAUUGCUGUUGUUGCUGCACGUUUAGAUGCUACAUCUAUGUUUCAAGACUUAGCCCCUGGUGCUUUGUCAACAGCUACAUCAAUUGUUACAUUAAUGGCUACUGCUAAUUUAAUUUCUGAAAUGUUACCUUAUGAUUAUGCUAAAAAUUACUCAAAAAACAUUAUGUUUAUUUUAUUUAAUGGAGAAGCAUAUAAUUACAUUGGAUCUAGUAGAGUGGCUUAUGACAUGUACAUGCAAAAUUUUCCUAAUGAUAAAAUAAAACUUCAACAAAAUCAUAUUGGCCUUUUUGUAGAACUAUCUCAAAUACACUAUGAGAAAGAAGUUGUUUUUCACCGAUUAAUUAAAUAUAAUGUUAGUGAAAAUGUAGAAAAUUUCAUGAAUAUAUUCAAUAAAAGUCUUACCAAAGACGAAUUUAAUAUUUAUGAAUCAAAAAGCUUGUCCGUACCACCUGCAUCAUUGCAUUCAUUUUUGAAAAAAGAUCCUCAUUUUCCAGGUGUUCUUUUGACAGGAUUUAACAACAAAUUUAAAAAUGAAUUUUAUCAUAGUAUUUUGGAUGAUGCUAGUAAUAUAAAAUAUGAUGUUAUUUCUCAAACUAUUGCCAGUAUAUCAACUUCACUAAGUUACUCACUUUAUACAUUUAUAACUAAUAACCCUUACCAGGGUUCAAAGGAAGUAAAUACUAGUUAUGUGACUAAAUUAUUAGAUUGUUAUGUAAAGUCUAUUAAUUGUGAUUUAUUUAAAUCAUUGACAUCACCACUACUAUUACCGGACCAUCCUCCUAACUAUUAUAUUAGUAUAGAUUUGAUCACUAAUACACUUACUAGUCUUUCCCGACUAUUGUUUGCUUCUUUUGGCAAGAAGAUCACGGAAGUUCAAAAUGAAGAAAAUUGCAUUGAUUAUGAAACAAAACCAGGAUUUUUAUCUGUAUGGUUAAAUGGAAAUUACAAUGCAUGUUAUUUAACAACGUCAAAUUUUACUGAUGCAGUUAGUCCAGCAUUUAUUAUACCGGAUUAUGAUUUAUCAUCACCGGAGUAUUCUACAUGGACAGAAUCUGUAUGGCAUGAAGUUCAAAUUCGUAUGUUUCUCAGACAAUCAUUUAGAUUACAAAUUAUUAUAUUUAUUCUUGGAGUUGCAAUAUUUUUAUUCUCUUUUAUUAUAACACGAAAAAUGUAUGCUCAAUCUGGGAUUUAUUUUAAUAACCAAGAAGCCGAUUCAGUUACCAGUUGUUGAAUACAAGUAAUAU